AUGCAAUUAAAUAAGUCCAAAAUAAAAGUCUUUCCAUCCUAUGUCAAUUCUAAAGAAGUAGGAUCAAUUCGUGACAGUGGAGCCACGGCAAUAAUAGUUAAAGCCUCUUUAGUUGAACCAGGACAGUAUCUAGAAGAUACAGUAAAAGUGACCUAUGCAAACAUACAAAAAUUUGAUAUUUGCAAGACCGCUAAAGUCCUAAUAGAAUCACCCUGGAUUACAGGAGAACUAGAAGCCAUAGUCAUGGACACCCCAGCACAAGAUCUAAUAAUAGGCAAUGUAGAAGGUGUAAAAGAUCCAACACUAGAAGAAGUUAUGCAAUGGGCGGAAGAUAGACAAAAGUAUUCCCUAUUCAAGCAUGAGGCAUUAUUAGUUGAAACCAGAUCACACAAAAAAAUAACACCAGAAAUAGAAUGCCCCACUGUAUUACUGAAUGAAAUAGGCAUAACUAGGGAGGAACUAAUAGCUAUGGAGAAAAAUGACACCACAAUACAAGACCUCUUAAGCAAAGAUUAUAACAAGAUAAAUUUAAAUAACCACCAUAUAGAAAUUAACAACUUAGCCAUUAGAUAUAACAGGAAAGAAAACUGUACUAGACUUCAAAUACUGAUCCCUAAAACUUUAAGAGCUAAAAUAUUAAAUAUGGCACAUGAUGACCCCACAGCAGGACACUUAGGAAAAAAAAAAGUAUAUGCUAAGAUAGCCAACAAAUUCUUCUGGCCAAAGAUGGGAAAGGACAUUAAGAACUAUGUAAACAGUUGCACAGAAUGUGCCAAACAAAAAACAGUGACUAGAGCCCCAUUAGAAAAAUCAGAUAAAUCUCACUAUUUUUGGGACAAAAUUGCCAUGGACAUAAUGGGACCCCUAACUACCAGCAGUAAAGGGAAUAAAUAUAUUCUGGGUAUCAUUGACAUGUCCACUAGAUGGGCAGAGGCAUUUCCUCUAAAAGAUAUAAAGUCUAUUGACACAUGUAAUUGUUUAAAAACACUUUUUCUUAAAUUUGGAUUCCCUAAUAAGUUACUGUCAGACAAUGCAUCAAACUUUAAGUCCCACCUUAACCAAGCAUUUGCAGAAAUGACUAACAUCCGCCUAGUCCAUAGCACUAUCUACUCACCACAGGGAAAUGGAGUCAUAGAGAAAUGGAACAGAACUGUAAAACAGAUGAUAUAUAAGCUAGAAAGAGACUCAAUGAGUACCUGGGACCAGACUCUUAGCUAUGCUAUAUUUGCCUACAACACUAGCAUCCAUGAAACCACCAAAUUCAGCCCCUAUGAGCUUGUAUUUAACAGAAAACCUAAAGGACCGUUAGAGUUAUGGGCCGACAACAUGUUAGACUUAGAGAACAUAGAACAAAACAAACACUGUAAAGAUAAGAAUGAGGGACCAUUUAAAGUUAUAGAGAGAAUUAAUAACAAAGUGUACAUCAUUGAUAAAGAUGGUAGAGAAUGCAAACUCAAUAUUGAUAAACUUGUUAAAUUGGAUAAGAGACAAAUAACUGACACAGAUAUAAUUGAACUUGAUGUAGAAACCAAAUACAACAUACAAGAACAUAUAGCAAGCACCAUAAACACCACACACAACAGUAGUCCAAAUAUUGAAAAUGAUAUGUUACAGAAUUUGACAGUUAAAUACAGUGAUGUAAUUACACAAAAGCUAGGAUGUACCAAUCUGAUAGAACACACAAUAAAACUCAACAAAGCACUACCAACUAAGACAAAAGCCUUUAGUAUCCCCAAAGCAUAUGAGGACCUAGUUAGAACAGAAAUGACCAACUUAAUCAAAGAUGGGAAGAUAGAGAGAUCAGAAACAUGUAAAUAUGCAUCACCCAUGGUCAUUGUAAAAAAGAAAGACAGUGGAGUAAGAAUCUGCUGUGACUUUAGAGAAACAAAUAAAUGCACAGUCAUAGACCCAGAACCCCUACCAGACACUGACAGCAUAAUUACAACUUUAAGUAAGUCAUCCCUAUUCACAACAAUGGACUUAAGCAGAGGCUUUUGGCAGAUUAAAAUGGACUCUGACUCUAAGGAAUAUACAGCAUUCAAAUGCACUAUGCCAGGCCUAGAAGGUAUCUAUGUCUGGAAUGUCAUGCCAUUCGGCUUAAUAAAUAGUACAGCCACAUUUCAGAAAUGCAUGUCAAAAUUAUUAGAAGGCAUAAAUAAUGUAUUGUCUUAUGUAGAUGACAUUUGUGUUUUCACCAACUCACAACAGGAACACAUUCAUGUACUAGAGCAAAUAUUCUCAAGACUAAGAACACACAACAUGACAUUAUCCCCCAAGAAAAUAAACCUAGCCAAGCCUGAAAUCCAAUUCUUAGGAUAUUGCAUUACCAAUGACAAAAUUACACCCACUGAAACAAACCUAACAAAGAUUAAAAACAUAAAAGAACCUAGGACUAAGAAAGACAUGAGAUCAUUAUUAGGACUUUGCAACUUUUAUAGAAAGUUCAUUCCAAAUUAUGCACAGAUAAUUGAACCCCUUGUUGAAUUUACUAAAAAGAAACAUGGAAACACAAUUUGUAUGGAUGAAAAAAGUAGACUAGCAUUAAGCAACUUAAAAGAUAAAUUUAAUGAGAAACUAGAAUUAGCCAGUAUUGACCCAACAUCAACACUAUCACUAUACACUGAUGCCUCCAACACUGGUAUUGGGGCAUGCUUACUACAGCAAAGGGAGUCAUUUUUUAAGCCAAUAGUACACAUCAGUAGAACACUGUCUGAAACAGAAAGAAAAUACUCAGUGAUUGAAAAAGAAUUAUUAGCCAUUGUAUGGUCAGUUGUAAAACUCAAGAAUUACUUGUUAGGAAGAUUUCUUAGCAUUAAGUGUGAUCAUAAACCAUUACUGGCACUAAAAAGAAAAGAUCUAAAAAAUGACAGGAUAAACAGAUGGACACUCAUUCUCUCAGACUACAAAUUCGAUUUACAAAGCAUUCCAGGACAUGAAAAUGUAAUAGCUGACUUUUUAUCCAGAUACAUAAUACAUGAAAAUGAAGCAAGUGAAAAUAAUGACAUUAAACACAUCAGCCAGGACAUUCUGAUAGAUGAUGAGGCUGUGCUUGCUGUACAAGGUGGACCAAACAAUAAGAUCAUAAAAGCUGAAAUGAUCAUAGCUGGUGAGAUUGUGUGUCAGAUUGACUCGAGUGCCAGCGUUAAUGUUAUCCCUAAGAAGCUUAUUAAAUCUGCACAAAUAUGUCCCACUCAAAGCAAGCUACGUGUGUAUGACAGUAGCACACUCAUACCUAUUGGAAAGGUACAACUCGUAGUACAAAAUCCAAAGACCAACAAGAGAUAUCGUGUUGAUUUCGUGGUUGUGAAAGAUGACUUAACUCCCCUGUUAGGGAAGAAAACGUCAGAAAAAAUAGGAUUAAUUACAAUAAACUAUCAUACUUUUGAAAGUGUUGAUAAGCCUCUACCAAGGUUAUCGACAAAAAUAGUUGAACAGUUCUCUGAUGUAUUUGAUGAUCAGCAGGGUGAAUUACCUGGUGUUGUACACUUAGAAGUGAAUCCUGUCAUAACACCAGUUACAUGUCCAUCUGGUCAUGUACCUUUAGCUAUGCAGGCUAAAGUAAAGUCUGAGUUAGAACUGCUAACAGAAAAAGGAAUCAUUGUGCCUGUUGAUAAACUUACUGACUGGGUCAGUCGAAUGUGA